CGAAAUAUUCCUUUUCUCUUUAUAAAUAAAUAAAACACGCACGCACACAACCCCCCCUCUCGUUUCUACGGCUCCCACUCUUGUUCCUCAGCUAGCCUAGCAAUAACGCUAAUGCUCGUAACCUAACCCAAUCUUUCGAAAGUUUUAGACUAUUCGUACCUAGUUGUAUGGGCAUAAAAUGGAGCAGCAAGCUACGCUGUUACAUCACUACCGUCGCGAUCGCCGAAAGCUGAUUGAGUUUCUGUUAUCGUCAGGUUUGAUCAAAGAGCUCCGUACUCCAUCUGGUCCUACUAAUUCACUCUCCAAUCUCGAUUUUGAUUCUCUUAGCGCCGAUUAUAUCAUCCACUGCGUUAAAUCAGCAGGUGGAGUCGUUGAUGUUACUGAAGCGACUAACAAGUACUCGGAUGAAUCUGCUUAUCCUGUCACUCUGCAGAUACAUUCUCAAACGAGGAGCUCCUAUUUUCUUGUUUCCGAACCAGAGUCAGCUGGUUCUCCCCCUAGGCGUGCGCCUCCUCCUCUGUAUGCUAAACAAGCGGCUGAUACAUCAUGUUUAUCAAGUCAAAUGGAUCGUGUACAUGUUGAGAAGGCCACUACGUCUGGGGAUGACAGCGGUCCUGGAUAUGAACCGGCGACAAAUGCACCUACCAGCCCCUUAGAGAACUCUGAAUUUCCAAUUCCUUCACUUGGAUUACCUAGCCUAAAGACAGGUUUUUUUGAAGGAUUGUCUGAUGACGACUUGCGGGAAUCAGCCUACGAGCUUUUGCUUGCAUCUAUAUUUUUUUCUGGGGUUGAAGCAAAUUCAGUUGAGGAUAGAAGGAAGGAAAAGACUUCUAAAUUUUUGUCAGGGUUGAAAAGUAAAAGGGAUAAAAUGCAAUCACAAUCUCAGUCUGUUGGAAGAAAGUCAGAACUAAUGGACAUUGUCCGUGUUCAGAUGCAGAUUUCAGAAGCAAUGGAUGCAUGCACUAGGCGGAAUUUGAUGCAGUUGGCAGCAAGGAAAAUGAGUGGACAAAUUGAUCUUACCCAUAUUGCUCUUGGGCUUUUGAAUGGAACUUUCAAGUCUGAUUUUCUUAAUGAAAGAUCAUAUAUGCAAUGGAAGAGUAGGCAGGCAAACAUUUUAGAAGAACUUCUAUGUUCUGCUGCUGGUACAACAAAUGAACAUCUAACCAUCAGAAGCUAUGUUGCUAAAAUCAGAGAUGAGAAGGAAUGGGAUACCAUGAUGUCUGCUUCUGAACGUGUUGCAGUUGUAGCAUCUAUUAGACAGGUGGCUGUUAAACUAUCAUCCUUGCCUGCACAAUUUGGUAUUCAAGGUGAAACCUUCUAUUGGACUGCCAUCUAUCACGUGAACAUUAGACUUUAUCAGAAAUUACUGUUUGGGUUAUUUGAUGUUCUUGAUGAAGAUCAGCUCAUAGAGGAAGCUGAUGAAAUGCUACUGCUUAUAAAAUUAACCUGGUCUACUUUAGGCAUUACUGAAGCAAUGCAUGAUGCAUUAUAUGGGUGGGUCCUUUUUCAACAGUUUGUUAGAACAGGUGGGAGUAUGCUAUUAGAAAAUGCAGUUCUUCACUUGCAAAAGGUCAUAUCUACUGAAGAAGAUGACAGGAAGGAGCAGUAUAUGAAUAGCCUAGUAUGUACAAAACAAUGCAAUGGCAGUCACUUGAAGUUGCAUCUGUUGCAGUCUAUUUUCGUCUCAAUAAGCAUGUGGUGUGACUAUAAACUGCAAGAUUAUCAUUCACAUUUCAGUCAGAAACCUUGUAACUUUCGAAUGAUAAUAUCCUUGGUGUCAGCAGUAGGGGUUCUUGCUUCUGAUGAACCUGGUGAUCUGAAGUUGAUGAAAUUAAAUGCUUUGGAUGCUAAAGCUUCUAGAAAACUUAAAUCCUAUGUCAAAAAGUCCACUGAAGCUGCAUUCAGGAAGGUAGCAAGUAAGGUGGAUUUUGAGUCUAAAAUAGAAAGGAUACAUCCCCUGGCUCAGCUUGCUAAAGAACUGAAGUUGAUUGCUGAGACAGAGUUCAAUGUGUUUCACCCAGUGUUAUGUUGCUGGUGUCCUGAGUCUGUGACUAUAUCAGUUGUGCGAUUGCACCAAUUUUAUGGGGAAAGACUGAAACCUUUCCUCAAGGGAGUGUCAUCUAUUUCUGGAGAUGCUAGAUCAGUGCUUCCAGCUGCUUAUAUGUUGGAUCAGUACCUGACUAAGCUAUAUGCUUCUGCUUUGGAAGCCAAUAAGUUGCCUAAUUCUUUCAAUCAAGAUUUCAAACACUAUCAGAUUGAAGAAAUUUCGAAACCAUUCAUUCUUGAUUGGGUGAUUUCUCAGCAUUCUCAUAUCUUAGAAUGGACUGGACGUGCUUUUGAUAUUGAGGAUUGGGAGCCUUUAUCAUAUCAUCAGAGACAUGCGGCAUCAAUAGUUGAAGUUUUUAGGAUUAUAGAGGAGACUGUGGAUCAAUUAUUUGGCUUCAAUCUUCCUAUGGAUAUUACACAUUUACAAGCCCUGCUAUCUGUGAUUUUUCACAGCUUGGAUGCCUAUUUGAUGAAAAUGCUCAAUCAAUUAGUUGAGAAAAACCAUCUCUAUCCAUCAGCUCCUCCUAUAACUCGCUAUACAGAGACUGUUAUUCCAAUGAUAAAGAGAAGUUUGGUGGUUGGUACGCUUUUGGAUGAGAAUGUUGCUCGUAAGUUGAAUGAAUUGACUAUACCAAAACUCUGCAUCAGGUUGAACACUCUUCAAUAUAUUCAGAAACAAGUUUCCAUUCUAGAAGAUGGAAUUAGAAAAUCAUGGGGACUCAUUAGACCAUCUCUUGACCAAAGACAAACGAAAGAAGAGGUCCUGGAAGAGAGGAGUUUGCUAACAAGCAGUGAAGCAGUUGAUGCGCUGUUCGCCACCACAUGUCACAUAAUCAGGGACACCACAACAGAUGCUAUCAGAAAAUUGUGUGACUUUACUGGAGCAAGAGUUGUGUUUUGGGAUCUGAGAGAUCAAUUCCUCUUUCAUUUAUAUCGUGGCGAUGUUGGAAGUUCUCGCUUGGAAAGUUGUCUUCCUCGUGUUGAUACUGUUCUUGAUCAUAUAUGUGGUUUGAUUGAUGAUACUCUCAGAGACCUUGUGGUUUUAAGCAUCUGUCGUGCAUCGUUGGAGGGUUAUGUGUGGGUAUUGCUGGAUGGAGGUCCUUCUCGUGCAUUUUCUGAUUCAGAUAUCACAAUGAUGGAAGAUGACCUUAAUGUAUUGAAGGAAUUCUUUGUUGCUGAAGGAGAAGGCCUUCCUCGUUCCUUGGUUGAGCAAGAAGCGAAAUUUGCCCAACAAAUACUUGGCUUAUUUUCCCUCAAGACUGAAACAGUUAUUCGCAUGCUGAUGAAUGCAAGUGAAAACAUAUCAAUGAGAGUGGAUUCUCAUAAAUAUGGUCACGUGGGCUUGGAUGAUGCUCAUACUUUAGUGCGAGUGCUAUGCCACAAGAAAGACAGAGAAGCCUCUAAAUUCUUAAAACAGCAAUAUGAACUUCCCAUGUCUUCAGAGUAUGAUGACACUUCAUCAAGGGAUUCAAAUUUUGGAUCACCUCUUAUACCAGAUCUUCUUAAGCGAAGUACCUCAUUUCAUUGGCCGAAAAAUGGCCAAAGCAGUUUCAAAUCAAUAAGGAAGAAACUUCAAGCAGCAACAUCUGAAAUCAGGGAUGUGGCCCGGUGACAGUGCUGCCUCUUGGUAUUUUGUUAUCUUUAUUUGUGGUGUCGACUUCAACAGAACUAGUUGGAGUUUAUUUUGCAAGUCAUUGGAAAAUUCUGCACCAUAUAUAUUUGUGUGUAAAUCAACUAUGAUCAACCAGCUACUUCCUAGGCAAGACGGAUAUGUUCAGUUAUGGAAACGACUUGCUGCUGUCCCCCGUAGUCAUGGGAAUUUGUUUGAGCGCCAUCCCCCCAAACCCCACCCCACGCCCGCUCCCCCCUCAGGGUCUUUGUAUUUUUUUUCUUCCGAGCCUGUUCGAGCCGGUAAUGGUUCGUACAGCUAGAGCUAGCAGUUUAUGAUUCAACGCUUGUCUCUGUAACUUCAACGAAGUCACUUCUAGGCAGGCGAGUGAAGUCUUAGAAGGGCCUUCGUGGAAAUGUCAAUGUCAAUGUCAAUGUCUGCAACUGUUGAUUAGUCUCUCCCUAUCACAAUGAAAGCUUUUGCUACAAUAAGAACAGUUGGAUUUGUCUAUC